AUGGGAAAUUUAGACCUUGAAGACUCAUUAAUUGAUCCGUUUCUGGAACUUGCACCGUUUUCCGCGCGUUCUGAGAGACCACAUAAUGAAAUUCUUACCACAGAUUUGAAUCCAAAGACAGGACCUCAACAAACGGUUAAACAAGUACCCAUAUCAAUACAUAAUUUAAAGGCACACUUACCAUUUUUGGCUACGCAUUUACAAGAAGCUCUGGCUGAAUCUGUCUCCUCAGAGAAUUCAAAUCAGAAUAAACCUGGACAGUGCAAUGAGUAUAACAAUCAGAUUUUACUAACUGGACUUUGUGCUUCUCCUUGUGAACCACAACACUCACCUCCAACCCCAACACCAUUUAUAGCCACAAUACCAAUUCAUCGUGUAACACAGCAGCAGCAGCAGCAACAACAACAACAGUGUAAACUGGAAAUCGCAAGUCGCGAAUUUUCAUCCUGCGAUCUGUGGCAAAAUUCGAAUGAUGCAAACCACCAUAUGUGUCGUGAGAAUAUUGAACAUUUACAAAAUCAACUGUUAGACAUGAAACACCAACUACAAUAUUGUCAAGAAAGAGAAAAGAAUAAAGAACAAUUACUUGAAGAAAGUUAUAACACAACAAGACAAUUGCAAGAAAGUGUUACAAAUCUAUUUCAACAAGUUGGAGAACGGGAGAACUUACUUCAUAAAAUAAGCUUAGAAGUCAAUAAACUGAAAAGUAAACACGAAGAAGUUAUUACAGAGCGUGAUGUCUUUCAAAGUCAAACUAAAGAACUAGAAGAACGCUGGCGUUGUCUACACAAACAAUAUGAGAAUAAUACAAAUAAUUUAACUAGAAUGGUAAAAGAGCGAGAUGAGUUACUAGCCAAAAUGAAAACUGAAAUGGAAAGUAUUGAAGAAACUGGCAAUGAACGAAAAAAUCAGAUCAUGAAAAUGCUGAAGGAAAUUUCAAAUGUCCGAGAGAAGCUGGAUUUACAAAUAGGUCGUUCAAUGCAAUUGGAAGCAGAGUUGACACGUGUAAAAUCAAUUAAUGCCCAAUUGGAGUCUGGUAUUCAAGAGAUGACUAAACAAAGUCUGACAAAUGCUCAGACAAGUGCAGCGGAAAUUCGUGCCUUACAGGAAGAAAAACACUUAGCACACAAUAAUCAUCAGUUAGAAAUUAACCUUAUGAAAAAAGAUUUAAAUCAGUUGAGCAAUGAAAAUACAGAGUUUAAGAAAGAAAUCAGUCGUUUGCAGAAUAAAAUUUCAGAGCUUAAGGAUGAAAUGAUACAGUGUAAAAAUGAUUCACAAAAUAAAAUGAAUUCACUACAAGAAAAGGAUAAACAAAUUCAAUCACUUGCGCAUGAACUUGAAUCUUGUCAUCGGGAGUUGGAGACACAAGUUAAUUCAGUUGGAUUGUUGAAAUCUGAACAAAAGAUGGUUCAAAACUCAUUUGAAGAAAAGUUGAAACAAUUAGAAACAACCUAUGGUCAAAAGCAGAGGGAAGUUGAGAAAUUGUCAUUGGAUUUAAACCAAGCCAAGGAACAAAUCACACUUAAUCGCAAAUCUUUAGAAGUAUUACAAAGUGAACUGGCAUCCAGCCGUACAAUGCUGAUUAAAGCAAGAGAGGAAAUCGUCAAACGAUCACGUAACGAAGAACAACUAGAAAAAUCAAUACAGAAGGUUAAAGUGGAACUUGAACAAACAGUUGUACAUAAAUCAGCUGCAGAGAUAGCCAGUAAAACAGCUAUAGCCAACUCUAAGGAGCUGGAGACUCAAUUAGAAUCUGUAAAGGCUUCUAGCAUGUCUGUACAAACACGUUUACAUGAACUAGAAAAAGAAUUGGAUGAGAAUAAAAUAAAGAAACUACAAUUGGAGGAGAGAAUAAACCAGUUGACAGAAAAUUUAAAAAUCGCUCAAAAACAAGUAGAAGAAAAACAAACGCAAUUGAAUCAUUCAGAUUCAGUUGUCAGUCGUAUGACAAAAGAAUUCAAAAGGACACAAGUGACAAUUGAAGAAAGUGCACAGAAAGUGAACAGCUUAUUUGGUCAGUUGAAGGCAACUCAAGAAAAACUAACUCGAACAACUGAAAGCCUAAAUGACACUGAGAAUAGUAGAAAAGGUUUAAUCAAAGAAUUGGAAGAAUAUAAGAGCACUCAUCAUACACACGACAGUGAAGUUCAGUCCAUGGAGAUUCAAAUCAAUUAUCUACUAAGUGAGCUUGGGCAGAUGAACGAACGUCUAACAACAAACCAGAAAGAUUGGAGUAAUUCUCAAUCAGAAAUUGAGGCUCUAAGGAAACAAGCAAUUGAAUCAUCACUUGAAGUGAAACAGUUAAACACACUUCUGCAUGAAAAACAAAUGAAAUUGGAACAUACAGAAAGACGAUUAACUGAAAUGGAAAGCCAUUUGAAUUCAGCCGAACAAUAUACCCAGUCAUUGAGUUCAGCUAACGAAGAUUUAAUGAAUGAAUUGAAAAAUCGUACUAAUGAAUUAGAAAAGCUACAAAAGGAAAUCAAGCAAAAUAUGACAGGAAUUCAAAAUUCGGAGCUUAUGAUACAAGAAUUAGAAUUCAGUGUCCAACAAUUGACAAAACAGUUAGAACACUCAGAGAAUUUGCGUGUUGAGGCAGAAAAAGCAAGUAAUCAUGCUGUUAGUGAAUCAGCUGCUGUUAAAAUUGAAUUAGCUAAAAAAGAUGAACAAAUAGUCAGCUUACAGAAUACUUCAGAAACUAUAACUCAAAAGUUAAAAUCUCUCGAACAGACAUCUAAUCAAACUGAACAGAUUAUAAAUAAAUACAUCAACUCAGAAAUUGAAAAAGAUAAUAUGAUUCAACGACUUCAAACAGAAAUGGAUCAUAUACGUCAUCAGUUAAAUGAAAAUGAAACAGAACUACAGGAUAAAAAUUCAUCAAUUAAAUCACUUACUAAUGAGCUGGCAGCUGUGAAGUCCCAAUUAUCAGAACUAAUCCUGCAUAGGAAUUCAGAAAAUCUGGCGCAUAAACGUACUGAACUGGAGGUGACAGAUCUUCGUGAAAUGCAAUUAGCUUUUACUGAACAAAUGGAAAGACAGGAACAAUUCAUUGAACGAUUACAAUCUGAACUGGCUAGUGAACGUGAAAAAACUGAUUUUCUAAGCAAGAUAAAGGCAGACAAAGAAAGAGAAAUGCAAAAUAUGAUGAAUGAAGUUGAGAAUUUACACUGUCACAAUAAAGAACUUUCGAGUCGUUUACAAGAACGGGAAUCAGCAUUAGAUACUAUGUCACGUGAACUAGAAUUAUUCUCCUCCCGACUGGAUACAACGUCAAGAAAUCUUACAGAAACUGAAGCUGAACUCAUAGAAACUAGACAGAAAUAUGAAUUAUCUGAAGCUAGAGCAAAUAAACAAAAAGACGAGCUUAAACAAUGUGAGAUCACCUUAUCAAGUCUUGAAUCUCGACUUCUUGAAAGAGAAAGUCAACUGACAAAAUGUGUUGGACAGUACAGCCAAUACAAUUCAGUUGACCGUGUUCAAUGCUCACAGCUAACAGAUUUAGUCAAAGAUCUUAAACAACAAAUCACAGAGCAUAAGAAAAUGAAUAUGAUUUCAAAAGUAAGUCUUAAAAUCAUCGAAUUAGCAUAACACAUUUUUACAAAGUUUACGGAGAAGUUAUCAAAAGAAACGAUGCGUUAACCAAUUUUUGUAUGUUACAAUAAGCUAAUUCAGGGUAAAAUUCAACGACUAAUCAAAGUGCAGAUAAGGAAUUCUCCCGUGUUAUGUCUUAUGUUUUGAUUAACCAUGAUUUUGGGGACAUUCAUGCGGUCAAUAUCUUCUUGUCAUUUUUAUGAUUUCUCUCUUAUAAAUAUUCACUGUUUUACAUUUCACAAAUUAGAUGGACACGAAUUUUGGGUAUAUCCUUUUUUUUCUUUGUUUCACUGAAGAAGUUUAAUAGUUUGAUGGGCAGAUAAGAUCCGUUCCUAAGCAAUUCAAAUACACGAGUAACUGAAUAUAUCCAUAAUCUAGUAUAUACAUAAUCCUAUAUGUAUUUUUAUGCUUUAUCUAUAUAUCUAUCUUAUAAAGUCAGACAAAAAGUAAUACAUGUA